AGCUGAUAGUUGGUGAUUAAGGGUCAGAGUUUCGGAAAAGCCCUUAUGACGUCAAAAGAAGUGACGUUAGUGACAGAUGUCAAAUAGUUCACAAAAACAAUGAAAAACGUUCAUUUUUUUCAUUCAAUGAAUACAAGUCAAGUGUGUAGUUGUAAAUUUGGUGUGAGCUCAGUGUCGAUGGGAACUGCAGGUCAUGCAGAAACAACAAGUACCACACAAGGUUUAUCAAAGCUCCAAGCUCAAGAACUUAUUUUAAGACUAAACGGAGAAGAGAGAAACGUUUUGAUGACCGCACUACAUGAAUACCAAUCAAAAUUAGUUAAAGACGAAUACGAAGGUCAGCUAGCAGCGUCUAGAUGGAGAAGUAUGUACGGUAGGCCUAGCAAACUUCCCAGGCUUGGGGAUGUAGAUCCUACGGGAUCCUAUUGUCCUUUUCCAGAAGACUGGCUUAAGAAAAAAAUUGCUGCAUCAGUUCCUAGACCAACAACAAAAAAUCUUAUAGAUAUUGGAAUAGCUAAUUCCAUCCCGUUUAUUGGAUUUGGAUUCCUCGAUAAUUUCUUCAUGUUAUUUUUUGGAGAUUAUAUUGACUUAUACUUAGGGUCUUAUUUUUGCCUGUCGACGAUGGGUGCUGCAGCUUUGGGCAACACUUUAUCGGAUAUCAUGGGUAUCGGUUCGGCAUUUUAUGUGGAACGUCUGGCUAACAGAAUCGGUUUUACGCCUCCCAAACUUUCUCCAAUUCAGUUGGAUAUGAAUUGUUGUAGAAAUUCCGCUAACGCCGGUAGAGUUUUGGGUGUAACCUUGGGCUGCUUAUUAGGUAUGUGUCCGUUACUGUUUAGAAGAAAAGAAGACACAGAAGAAAAAGAAGAUGGUUAGGCUAAGUACAACACUGGUAGGUUUGAUUGUAGUUAAUUUAUAGCCAAAUACUUCUUUUUAUUAUAUCAUUUUUAGAAUUGUUGGUUUUAACUGUUAAAAUAUAUUAUUUAUUUGAGAAAAAAUCUAUUUUAUAUUUUUAGACUGUAAAUUUUCAAGUAAUCAAAUCUACAGAAACAGAAAUCUGUACAUAAAAGUAAAUUAUAUUGCAAUUGUUGAAUGGUGCUAUAUUGUCUAUUACUACUUUAUCUAUUCUAUGGAACUGUUGAUCGAUUUACACUGUAAAAAAUUUCGGUUUUUACAGGUAUUUCAUAAACCAGAUUUUAUUACAAUUUUUGAUUUAAUUUGUAAUUUCUUUUGAGUAUUUUCGUUAAUACAUCGAGCUAUUUCAUAGAAAUGAUAAAGAAAACGUUUUGACUUUUUCUAUUAUAUUAUUUAUUUACAUUGUUAUCGAUUUUUGAUUGUAGAUUUCAACAACUUUUUAAUUUCCUCCUUGUAAAAAUGUGUAAAUUAUUCAAUUUCAUUACCGUCAUCCUCGUGUUGAAAUAAUAAUCAAUAGCUUCGUAAUUAUUAAUUAGUUCUGCAUUUUUGUAGAUCAAAAUAAAAUUUUCCAUAAUGCUUAUGGAUUUUACAUUUUUCAUCGCUGCCAUCUGGAAUACCAAGUUUGUAAUUCAUCCAUACUAUACGAUAUCAAGUAACUGCACAAAAAACUUUGUAAUUCAUUUAUCCAAAGAUAAUUUGUUCCAAAAGUCGAAUUAAAGUUUUUAUCAUUUUUUUUUCUUUAUUUGUAAAACAUGAUCGUUUUAGCGACAAAAAGAAGAAGAAAGUGUUUAUAAAUGGGUUUCUUUAAUUUUUAGACUUAUCAUCUUUAUAAAUGAACGUAAAUUAUAAUGGACCACCUUAUAUAAUUAAAACAUUGCUAUUUAGUAUCACAGUUUGUAUAUACAAUUCAUACAUAACUCUUGAAGAAAUUGUUAUGAAUAUAUAACUCAAGAAUACCGUAAGGAAAUAUUUUUGGUUCUCUAUUGUGUCAUUUAUUUCCAGCUGAUGUGCCCGAAUAUAUUAAUAGAAACAUUUUCAUAUUAUAUUAUUGCAGAAAUAUCGAGAUAGCUACCUACUAUUAAACGUAUUAACAAGAUAGGAUUAGAAAAGUAAUUGGGGUCUAAAUAUUGAACCAACUACAACGGUUCCAAUAAUGUAAACAGCAAAUCGACAUGAAAAAGGAAAUUUGUUAAGCUGAAAUUUUUGGAACCGUUGGUUAUAUUUAUACUGAAUACACUACAACUACACCAACUCUAACUGUUUACCUUCAGUCUUUGAAGGUAAUAAUUUGAUUAUCGAAACGCGCGUCGGACAGUGUAAUUGUGAGUGUUGGUGUAGUAGUGGUAUAAACAGUUCAGAAUAAAAAGUAUAAGUGUACACAAAUCCUGAAACUGAAUAUUUCAUAAUUAAGCGGUGCACAGAAUGAACGCGAACAUGACGCUGGUUCGUUAGUAAACAUAACCUUAAAAUUGAAUGAAUAUAAAGAAAUUCGAACAGUGAUCAACGAUUUUGAAUUAUUUAUAAUGUAUUAUAUACUUACUUUACUAUAUGAAAUUUAUAAAGAAAUAUAUACAGAGCGAUAUUUGACACGGCGUUGGUGGGUGAGACUCCAAUUUGAAUACAAAUAUCUACAGUUACUUUACUACGACAUAUUUUAAAAUGAACGAAAUAGAUCGACACGAAUUUUGGAUUAUAUGAUUGUCGAUUAGAUCGGGAAGUUAAUCACCAGUUCUUAUCAUAGAUUAAUUUUUCAGGGUAUUUGCAACUACAAACUACUUUAGAAAAGUGAGGUUAUGUUUUUGAUGUUCAACGACGAUUAGCGCGUAAAAAAUAGAAAGUUGGUUAACUUCAAUGUCAAGAGCGAGUACAAGCGCGAUCAUUGCGUACGUUAUCACAGUUUCUCAACAAGUUGAACUAUCUUUGACAUUUAUGAAGGUCUAGGACUUGUCAUACUUACGUUUAUUCUGUGUACCGCUUAUGUAAAAAGAUUGUUGCAGAAAAUACAUUCUUCAACUUUCGUAUACUUCCAAAACAAAACAAAAAAUUGUACUUGUACGAUGAUUUAGAAACUUUUAUUUGUAUAUAUGAUUGUAAAUUUCUAUUUUAGCUCUAUACAUUAAUACUAUCACUUGUAAAGUUAGUUCGAAAUUAUCUAUUUUAUUAAAUAUGGAGAUACACGUAAUUGUUGUCCAAAAAAAUUAAUGUUGAUACUUUAGCCGGCCAUCUUUCUAGGACCAGUAAUUAUAAACAAAUGUAGUCCGCAAGUAGAAUCACUAUUUUUCUACAACUUCUUCACAAACUAUGUACUGUAGAUACUAAAUAUUUAAAUCGGCUUUCAAUAAAACUGAUUUUACCACACAUCAAGUACUUCAACAGUUAAAAGAAACCAGUUGUAAGAUAGAGAGAAGUAGUUAAAACGGCCACGCAGAAGCACUUAAGACAGGCUUUUCUCCCAACAAAUACUUUUUUAAAUUUGUGACGGAGUUUUUCGAACGUGAAAGCUUUCAAGUUUGUCAGUUAUCUGUGGUAAAGUCCGCGGUUUUGUGAGGCCCCAUUUCACACACGGGUAGCGGUACAAAAAUAGAAUGCACUUUAGGAGUCAUAUAUCAUUCUUGACAAUUAAAAAGGAACCGUUUGUAUCCAUUGUUUUUUUCUAAAUAACUCUUCAAGAUCGGUUUUUAGAAAAUUCUAUGACGUGAUGACGAAUAAAUGUUUUAUUGAAAGAUGAAUUAAUAUUACUGAAAAAUGUAGUUAAGGAAGCUUAAUUCUUGCUCAUAAAAAGUAUUAGCUAAACUAGUUGGAAAAAUAAAUGUUGUUUGUGACUUAA